AUGCUGCACGCGUUGCCGAAGCUCCCCCGUAAGGACCAGGGCAGGACACCCGGAGGUGUUUUAGUGGAGGCCUUCAAAGAGCUGGAGGUAGAGAGGCUAAAGCGCGACAAUGCCAGCCUCCGUAAGGAGAUGACCGAGCUUAAGGUUACCUCCGUAAAGCAGAGCUACUUCAAGAGGCGACCGCCGCGUAUAAUCGAGGAUUUCUCCUCUGACAAAGGCAGCGGUAACGAGCAGGUUCCCCAGCCUCUACGCAAGACAAGGAGGCCUGCAAAGCGCCCGGCGCGACCGACGGCCCCGGCCCUCGUCCAGAAAAGUCCAGGGGACGCGGAUGAGGCCGGCGACAACGCCUUGUCGUUCGUCGAGGUGGUUAAAAGGGAAAGGAAGAGGAAAAGGACGGCCACUGUCUCCGCGGCUUCUCCUACACCCACCAAAGGGCAGUCCAAGGAGAAUGCCACCGCGAACAAAAAGGCGGCACCCUCCAAAAAAGCAGUGCCUACUGGCAAGGCGGCCCCCGCCCCCGCAAAAAAGGUGGUUAAGGUGGCUCCUUCCCAGAAGAAACCUCCAUCAUCCGGGAAAAAACGGAGAAAAGAGGGAAAAGUUAGGACGGCAGCAGUCGUUCUCACAGUCCCCCCUGAGAAGGAAGCUGACCUUCUGCGGAGAUCAGAAGGGCUGCGAGGUCCAAAGUGA